AUGAUGGAUGAGCGGCACUCGGAUCCGACUCCAGUUGUUUACGGAUCAAUGCAAUGCGAGACGCAGAAGGCAUCGAUUAACUUUUACGGGGUCCAGGAAUGUCGUUGGGGAGAUCGGCCUGCUUCCGCAUUGGCCUCCCCGGUGGAGAGCAAGACGACGUCGCAUUCGUCACUGGCGACGUCGAGUUGCAGCGGGAGUAAAGAGGGCGACCUGGCGGCGGAUUUCCAGCGCCAGGCUACUCUGAGUCCCGGCAGUGGCGGUACGCGCGAGGCGUCCCAGCCCUCGUCCGGUCAUUCGUCCCGCAUAAUGUCUCCCGCGCCGUCUAAUGUUUCGUCGGUCCGAUCGACGAUCGUCGGCAUCCACAGCCGUUCGCUGGCCAAGAAGCUGCAAGAGAAUGGCAGCGUGUGCUCUGUCCACUCUGCAGGAACCCCGUCGCCGGUGCCGAGUCCCGUUCGUAAAAAGUGCAGGGGUGGGAUUGCCUCCAGACAGCCAGCAAGCCUUGCGGCACGACUCUCAGUUAGGAGCAACGGGUCACCACGACGACGUCGGUAA